AUGCGGUCGUUCAAGUACGUCAUCCUGGGCGGCGGCGUUGGAGCGGGCUACGCCGCGCACGAAUUCGUCAGGCGGGGGCUUGCCCCAGGAGACCUCUGCAUCAUCUCCUCGGAGGCCGUUGUGGCCUACGAGCGCCCGGCUCUUAGUAAGGGCUACCUGAAUCCCGAAAAUGCCGCCAGACUUCCCGGUUUCCACACAUGUGUGGGCCUGGGCUUGGGGCGGCAGGAUCCGGGUUGGUAUGCCGAGCGCGGCAUCCAGUACUUAACGGGGGUCACGGUCACGGACGUCGACGUAGCUGGUAGGAAGCUGAGGAUUGGAGGUGCGGACGAGGUGACGUACGGGAAGUUGCUGGUGGCGACGGGGUCGAGGCCGGUGACGCUGCAGGAGCACGGGACGCCCGGAUGGGAUCUGAGGGGGAUCUUCUAUUUGAGGAAUCUGGCGGACGCUGAGAGGAUGAUGCAGGGGAUCAAGGAGUGCAAGGCGAGGGACGGGCGGGCGGUGGUCGUGGGGGCGGGCUUCGUGGGUAUGGAGAUCGCCGCCGUGUUGAGGCAAAAUGGCCUGGAGGUCGCCAUGGUAUUCCCCGGAGGCAUGCUGAUGGAUCGCAUGCUGCCCCCGGAGGUGGCCACCUUUUACGAGGACUUCUACCAGAACAAGGGCAUCGAGAUCUGCUGGGGCCAGAAGGUGUCGGAGCUCCACGGGCGCGACGGACACAUUGAGGCUGUGGAGACCACGGAGGGACAGAUGCUGAGUGCUUCUAUGGUGGUUGCGGGCAUUGGCGCCCGGCCAAACAAGGAGCUCUUCACCGGCCAGCUGGACAUGGCCGCCGGCGGCAUCACGGUGAAUGGGAAGCUUCUCACCAGCGACCCUAACGUUUACGCAAUCGGCGACGUGGCGGCAUUCCAGUUGACGCGAUACAGCGGCAACUUGCAGCGCCAGGAGCACGUGACCAACGCGCGGCUGACCGCCAUCCACGCGGUGUCGGCCAUCAUGGAUCCCGAAAACACCGUAGACUACGACUACGUGCCCUACUACUACUCCAGAUUUUUCUCACUGUCCUGGCAAUUCCACGGCAUCAACAAGGGCAAGGGCGUGCCCUUCGGAAGCCAGAAGGAUGAGAAAUUCGGCCUGUACUGGGUGCAUGAGGGCCGCGUUGUGGCUGCAUUUUUGGAGGGCGGCAGCGACGUGGAAUUCAAAUGGGUCAAGGCGGUGGCGCGGGAGCGACCCAAGGCGCCCUGCGAGGAGGAGCUGGAGGAUAUGGGGCUGGAGUUUGCAGCCAAAGUGGCCAAUGCCGGAUGA